UUCAGCCGAGACGAACCAGCUCUGCGUUCUUCAUCUUCAUCUCCAUCUUCUUCAUCGAGCUCAAAGGUCUCUCCUUUCGGCCAUGGAAAGAGACCCAUCGUCGUUCCUCUUCGCCGGAAUCCAAUUCAACCGGAAGAAGUUCGCCGGCGAUUUCGCCAGAUUCCGGGACAAGAAGGAACGAGAUGAUGAUGACCCGGUCGGGAGCUCGAGCCCGCCGGAGACCGCCGGCGCGGUCGAGCGUGGAGAGGCGGCGGCGGCGCCCGCGAAGAAGAGGAAGAGGAAGGCGGUGAGUGGUUCAGGCGCGGUGGAGGGUUUCAGCGUCUUCAACAGUUCGAAGUCCGCUCCUGAUUCUGUAGUCGAACAGGAAGAGAGGGAUGAAGAUGGGCAUUUGAGGGAAAGGAAAGAGAUGUAUAGACAAAUGGAGCGGGAUGCAAUUCUGCGGAAGAAGCAUAGUAUACACGUUUCUGGGAGUAAUGUCCCUUCACCCCUUCAAGACUUUGCAGAAUUAAGAACUAGGUUUAAAUGCAAAUCUUAUUUGUUGCGGAACAUAGCGGAGCUUGGAUUUAAGGAGCCAACUCCUAUUCAGAGGCAGGCUAUUCCAGUUCUAGUAUCUGGUCGGGAGUGUUUUGCUUGUGCGCCUACUGGUUCUGGGAAGACUCUGGCUUUUGUAUGUCCCAUGCUUAUGAAGCUCAAGCAUGCAUCCAAGGAAGGAAUUCGUGCCGUUAUCCUUUGUCCUACGAAGGAGUUAGCUGCCCAGACAACAAGGGAGUGCAGGAAAUUGGCUAGAGGAAAUAAAUUUCGCAUUAAAUUGAUGACUAAAGCUCUUGUGACAAAUCCUGAUUUAUCCAAACUCCGGUGUGAUAUACUUAUAUCCACCCCCCUUCGCUUACGGCUGGCCAUCAAGAAAAAAAAAAUGAACCUGAGCAGGGUCGAGUAUCUUGUCUUAGAUGAAUCUGAUAAGCUGUUCGAACUUGGUCUGGUAAAGGAGAUUGAUUUUGUGGUCAAGGCAUGCUCCAAUCCUUCAAUAGUACGGUCUCUAUUCAGUGCUACCUUACCUGAUUAUGUGGAAGAGCUCGCCCGAACGAUUAUGCACGAUGCAGUUCGAGUUAUUGUCGGUAGGAAGAAUACGGCUUCUGAAUCGAUUAAACAAAAAUUGGUGUUUGCUGGAAGUGAAGAAGGGAAGCUUCUUGCACUGCGUCAGAGUUUUGCUGAGAGUUUGAAUCCACCUGUUCUAAUCUUCGUUCAAAGUAAAGAGAGGGCUAAAGAACUCUAUGGGGAGCUAGCAUUGGACAACAUUCGAGCAAGUGUUAUCCAUUCUGAUCUAUCCCAAAUACAGAGGGAAAAUGCUGUUGAUGAUUUCAGAGCUGGAAAAACUUGGGUAUUAAUUGCCACAGAUGUUAUUGCAAGGGGUAUGGAUUUCAAAGGUGUCAAUUUCGUCAUCAAUUAUGAUUUUCCUGAUUCUGCAGCAGCAUAUAUUCACAGGAUAGGUCGAUCGGGCAGGGCAGGAAGGAGUGGAGAAGCCGUUACCUUUUACACCGAAGAUGACAUUCCGUAUUUGCGGAACAUCGCGAAUGUCAUGACAGCUUCAGGCUGCGAGGUACCUUCUUGGAUAACGGCCUUGCCCAAAAAGAGGUGGAAGAAGCACAGGCCGAAAAGAGAAUCGAUUUCGACUAAACCAAAAGAUGAGAGAGCAUGAGAAAUUCCAUGGAGCUUCGAUUAUUCUACAAGGCUCACUGAGUUUUUUAUUUUUUCCAUUUAUUUCUUUGGCCAGAGACCUUUGAUUCUUCAAUUUUGAAGCCGUGAUACCAUUUCCAUUAAAUUUGUGGUUGGCGGAUCAAAGAAGGAAUGCAUUAAGCUGAUCAGAAGUUUUGGGUUUUUCUGUCAACACAUGAAAUAGUCCGGAACCAUUCUUUGCAAUUCUUGUGACCAAGACAUGUUACAGUUGCAGUUUUCAGGAACAUUGUCUGAAAGAUCUCUGACAUGGUCCUACGAGUAACUGAGUUCCUCUUUUAUAGUUGUAAUACUAUGUUUCAGAAAUUUAUCUAGCAUAACAAGGAACAUGUUGAUCCA